CGAGGUAAACGAAGGGAAGUUCUGUAUCUACUUAGGCUAAAAUAGUAAAGCAGACAAAACUAUCAAACUUUAUCCGAAGUCUUUCUUUCGGUUCCCGACAAUCUGUUUUGCAACUUUGACUGCUCUUGUUGCUGACACAAUGUCUUCGCAGUUCAACAGAGGUCCAGCAUACGGGUUUUCAGCGGAAGUAAAAAGCAAGAUUGCACAGAAAUAUGACCCCCAGAGAGAGGAAGAGUUACGAGUUUGGAUUGAGGACGUUACUGGGCGCUCAAUUGGAGAUGACUUUCAGAAAGGGUUAAAAAACGGUGUCAUACUCUGCGAGCUUGUAAACAAACUUCAGCCAGGGUCUGUGAAAAAGAUCAACCAGUCAUCACAAAACUGGCAUCAGCUGGAGAACCUGACCAACUUCAUUAAAGCGAUCACCACCUAUGGACUCAAGCCUCACGAUAGUUUUGAAGCCAAUGAUCUGUUUGAGAAUGGAAACAUGACACAGGUUCAGACCACCCUCCUGGCUCUUGCUGGCAUGGUAAGGCCUGUUGAAUCGUAUAAUUUCGCAGGAGAACAGCCUAACUCUGAUAUUUCCGUCUGUAAUUAUAGAUUCUCUCUAUGUUUACAGGCUAAAACCAAGGGCAUCCACUCAAGUGUAGACAUUGGAGUGAAGUAUGCAGAGAGACAGGAGAGGGCAUUUGAUGAGGAGAAAAUGAAAGCUGGACAAUGUGUUAUUGGAUUACAGAUGGGAACAAAUAAAUGUGCAAGUCAAGCUGGAAUGAAUGCCUAUGGCACCAGAAGACACCUGUAUGAUCCCAAGUCACACAUUCUACCACCAAUGGACCAUUCAACCAUCAGUCUGCAGAUGGGCACCAACAAGGGUGCUAGCCAAUCUGGUAUGACCGCUCCAGGAACCCGUCGUGCCAUCUACGACCAGAAAUUGGGCACUGACAAGUGUGACAACUCCACAAUGUCUCUACAAAUGGGCUAUGCUCAAGGUGCCAACCAGAGCGGGCAGAAUUUCGGGCUUGGCCGUCAGAUCUAUGAUGCCAAAUAUUGCCCCAAAGGUGCACCCAGCGCAAGCGGAGAAUCUGACACUGGCUACACGGAUUACCAAGACGAGGGCUACCAGGGUUAUCAGGAUGACGGUCAAGAUUACUGAAUCAACCAAUAGCAGGCAUUGAGUCUCAAUAAGAAGCUAAAGGGAAGUUGAUACUUCCUUGCAAACAAAAGACCCAAACCAUUCCAUUACACCACAGUAAGCAUGCCAUCUGUCGGAUAGUGGUGAAAGUGACCAAUUUGAAACGUAUCGCUUGCAUUUUAAAUAUAAACGUUCUCUUUUUUUAAAAAUGUAUCAACGUUACGUCUUAUUAAUUUGAAGCGAGAGCCCUACAAAACAUAUCAGUUAUGUGUAUUGAUACUACUUGUAUUUUAUAUGGUUCAAGUGACAGUCAUUUAAUUGCACAACCACUAUAAUAAUAGUAUUUGCUUAAUUGUUUAAUGUUUUUAUUUUUUAAUUUGUUGAAAAUGCUGAUCUCUACUUAGAUGUUAAACAAGUAUGACGGGGGUUAUUGUGAAGUUAUUCACACAAUCCCAAAUAAUUUGUUUUUUUUUCUGUUUUAAUGAAGCUGUUGUGAAGAAAUUUGAUAUUAAGUAUGUACGAGAAAGAGAACGUUACGUGAGCCUGAUUCAUUGUUUGAAUAUUUGAACAUGCUCAGGGGUUUAAAAAUCACUUUUUUUUUUCUUGUCAGUGGAGCAUGUGAAGGUGAAUUUUUUUUUUUUUUUUUGCUGUUACAGUUGAAAGAUGCAAAGUUAAAAUAGUGAGGGUUUAUAUAAGGCGAACCUUUACUGCAGUUAUGUGGUCCAUUGUGUUAAUUUAAGAGCUUUUUUUCCCCCAGUAAUAUUUUAUUGUGUUUUUAGGCUGGAAAGUGAGAACGCGUUCUUGACAUGCACAAAAAGGAAGGGUUCAUCUAUCAUUUCAGCAGCUUUUUUGAGACCUUUCUGCUUUUUACGUUCUAAAUCUUAUACUUCCUCACUUGAUUAGAGGAGAUGAAUGUGGUUUUUGUUUUAUAAUACACUUUAUUGUCGCACACGCAAUCUGUAAUGUUUUAAAGAGUUCGUCUCUGUAUUAGUGUUUCAUAUUCUCAUCAAAUAUUUUACAGUUCGCCUAGCCAGAACAACUGGAGCUUGUCUUGUUUUCUUUGGAUUAUAGUAUUGUGAAAGGAAAUUGAAGUGUAACAUUUGUGAGCCUUGAACAUUCCAAAUUAGGAACUGGAUUCACUACUUUUUUUUUUCCACAGUAUUUGUUCUCAUUCCAAAUGACCCUUUGUACUAGACAUUGGAAAUUUUAGGUAUGCUCUGAUAAAUCACAUAAAUGGAUAUAUCCGUGUAUGCUGUACACUUGUGUUUUUUUUUUUUUACUUUUCUUAUGGAAUAAGAUUGUUAGUUGGAUGUAGUAAAGACUUGGUUCAUAAUAAAAGAUGAUGAACAACA